UAUAUAUAUAUAUAUAUAUAUCAGAAAUGGACGCGAAUAGUCCAUAAGAAAGGAAAAACGGUUUCAACCAAAUUCUGCAAACUUUUUGGGGAACUGUGCAGAGUGCAGAAAUGGAGGAUCAAGACGUUGAUGAAAAUGGUUCAAACAAUUCUGAAGUAGUUGUUAUUGAUAACUACUCUUUAAGCAGUGUAUUGAUUCCAAACAAGUUUGUCCAACAACAUUUACCUCCUAUUGCAUCUGGCAAAUCCAUGAUAUUAGAAUUCGAAGAUUGCGGUGAGAACAACUUUAUGAUGGAAGUUGUACACUCAAAUUAUGGAGAUUACUACCAUAUUAGAACAGGGUGGGAGACAUUUAAGAAUCAACACAAGUUGGAAUCUGGAGAUUUAAUAUAUUUUUCUAAGAAAAAUGAUUCCUAUGUGAUCUACUCUUGUAAAACGCCUAAAACGGAUCUGCAAGUCUCUAAUGAAUCAAUUGAGAGAGUACACGUGCUUGUCAAGAAUUUCUGUGCUAAAGAUCCCAAAUGCUUACGAUUAUUGAAGAAAGAGGUGGAAGGGAAUCUUGAUCAACAUCUUAUUAUUCAAGUAGGAGAAGAAGUAAUUCUACCUCUACAUGAUCCAAUUAGGAAGAAGUCAUUUAUAGUGCAACUGUUGCAUGCUGAUCAAGAGGAGUACCAUAUUAGAGGAAUAGGAUGGGAGGAAUAUGUGGCUCAACACAACUUGUUCAUUUUCGAUGAAACUACUAUCUUUGUUAACAAGGUGAUUCUAGAUCCAACUGCAGAGGUUCAGCUUGUCAACAUAUCAUAUCACUAUGAAAUUACUUAUCAGACUGAAGCCAAAAAUCAACCCCAAAGGAAACUGAAACUAUCAGGCACGACCACAGAGACUAGUUCAGCACCCGCCUCUACUGCUGUGGAUAAUAGUUCAGCCCCUGCUUCUACUACUGUUGAUAAUAGUUCAGCACCCGCUUCUACUGCUGUUGAUAAUAGUUUUGAUGAUGUUUAUUGGCUCGGAUGACUGAUCGAUUGAACCUAGUCUGUCGAUUACACAGGAUUGGACUUGAUGAUUGUAAUACAUUCAUCCAUUGGGAUGAGCCAUCAAACUCAUAAGUAGUUUUAUGCAUUUUGUUUAGUUUCAUACUCAAAACCUACAAGUGUAAUCUGCAGAUAUUCAUGCUCAGAUCAUUUACAUGUUAGUAUAUUCUAUAGCAAUAUGAAUAAUUUGUCCACUAGUUUC